AUGGAGGAGCAGUGGCGGGGACACGGGAAUGAAGACGAGGAGGUGGAGGAGGGAGAGGACGAAACGUCGUACCCGGCAGCACUGGAACCCUCAUUUGAUGGAGAGGAUGGAGGCAGCACCCCUUACGCCAACAGCAAUGGCUACUACCACGAGGCCUACGGCAAGCUGGAGGUGCUCAAACCGCAGGAGCGCAUACCCAUCCGCAACUGGAACGAAGAAUUCCAGUCGGUCUUGGGUGGCAUCGCCCGCUGUGGCGAUGCCGGCAAGCUGGACCACUACAACAAACUGAGCAGCCUUGCCCAUGACUUUGUGUACGUGGCCAAGACCUACGGGAAGAUCAUCAUCCUGGAGCGCUUUCUGCCUUCGGGCCAGAAGACCAUCAAGCCCGUCGACAUCGGCGGUACUGCCGGCGGUGAGAAGUACAUCUGCCAAGGCAUCCUCUUCAAGUUUGCGGUGGACACCGUGGGCAUUUACUCGGGCGACGAGUACUCGUCCAAAGCUGCUGGGCACGAGCUGAAGGGCCUCAUGGGCUACUACCAGUGCCAAAUCGAAGGUGUCCACGUGCCCCUGUGCACCCUCAUCGACUACCGGGGCUUCCGCUUGAUCGCGAUGAGCAUCCUUCCCCUCUACUACGGCGGCCUCGUCUACGGCUCCAAUGACGGGGGACUGUCCAUCCACGCGGACGAUCCGCUGAUGAACCACAUGAUGAAACGCGCCGCCAAGAAGCUCAACAUCAAGGGCCACGUGGCCGGCCGGUCAACCGACAAAAAGUUCAUCUACGGCCCCACGGACAUCGAAGGCCACAAAGGCCAGGACGACCGCUACUAUCUGCUCGACUUUGCUCGCGUGUAUCCGCCCGAAGCCAUGCCCGAAGGGUCGCCCAAGGCGAGCUACCUGUAUUGUCUCUUGCGCCCCGAGUUUGUGAAGCGUAAUCCGGUGCCGCUGUCGUCGGACGCCUUCUCCCGGUUCGGGCAGCACCACAAGGACGUCCACGAGCGCGAGGUCGUGGAGGCCACCCAGCGCCUCCACCGCAAGGUCAUCCCGCGCUUCGCCGCCUGGCUCGACAGCCAAGACGAGCGCCGGCUGAAGGGCCUCAAGCUCACGCAGCUCAUGCACCGCGAGGGCAUUAACAACCGACACUUGGGCCGCAUCCGAUUUCUGGUGAGCUCGGCGCCGGUGAAGCAGCUGCUGCUGAACGAGAUGCUGAGUCGGGCCAUCAAGUGCAGCCUGCGGCUCAUGUUGCGCCGGAAGAUGGAGGAAACCACGCUCCCCUCCGAGGAGCCCUACCGCCGCGAGCUCAUCGACUACUUCAACCUCGUGCUGGGCAAGCGACCUGAGUCCGACCACUUCUGGAAGGUCGAGAUCAAGGUAAUGCUGCAGCUCAAAGCGUCACGCGUGCUCGGGCGUAAGUUUGUGAACGGACUAUCGACCGACGAGGCGGCGGCCGACUACAACCUGAAGAGGGACGUCUCCAUGCUCACCGUCUUCACCCGGCUGCAGACCAUCAUGGGCGUGCGCCUCGCCGUCAAGGCUCUCCAGCAGUUGGCGAUGAGUCCGGAUUCGUUGGAGCUGGUGUACCCGGACCUGCUGAAGAUCUCGGCCAAGGCCAAGCACAUGGACAUCAUCUCACACGCCGAAGGGGCCGCCCUCUGCAUCCAGGCCAUGAACACCAAAGGCGAAGAGUCCGAUCGUCUGUUCAACCUGGCCAUGGCCAAGUUCGAUACGGCGCUGUCAUCGAUGCCCGACAACCAGCUCAUCCUCAAGAACUGGGGAGACGGGCUGUGCGAGCAGAUGAAGACCAAGGCCGGCGAGGAGCGCGACAGGCUCGUGUGGAAGGCCAUCGACAAGUACCAGCAGAUGCGCUGCACCCUCUCCCUCACCAAGCUCGGCGAGCUCCUCCACCGGCUCGCCUCCGACCAGACCGCCGAGGAACGGGCGCGACUCUACCUCCUGGCCGCCGCCACCUACAGCGCGGCCACCGAACUACGGCCCGACCUGUGGCAGGCGUUCUACAGCUGGGGCGACAUCUUGUACGAGCAGGCGAGGGCCAAGGCGGGCGAGGAGGCCGAGAAGCUCUACCAGCUCUCCGGCGACAAGUACGCGCGCGCCUUUGCUCUCAAUCCGGGCCUCCACAUCCACCACCCGCCGCCGCCCCACGGGACACCCGACGGGGCCGCCCCGCCCGCCACGAGCGCGCCCACGCCCUCGGCGCCUUCCUCCACCGCGACGGCAACAACGGCCACGGCCGGGAAGGAGGCCGGCGACCCGUCGCACCAGCAGCAGCAGCAGCGCGGAGGAGGCGGGCACGGCCAGGGCUCGCAGGACGACGACGACGAGACGGACCGCCGCGUGGACGGAAAUCCGCACCUCAAGUACGACGUCUACUACGCGGCCUUCGAGGACGAGGACGAGGAGACCAGCCUCUCGCUCUCGAUGACGUCGCUGUCGUCGCUGCUGCUCACCUCGUCCUCGCCCUCGUUGGCCUCGCACCUGCGCCGAUCGCCCUCGCCCCCGCCCCCGCAGGCCGGCCUGCCGGGUCCCACCUUCUCCCUCUCCACGCCGCCCUCGCCCACGCGGCGCUCGCCCCCGGUCUCUCCCAUCCGCGGGUCCCUCGUGGACCCUACGCGCGGCACCGGCGACUCGUCCUUCGCCCCGGCCUCCCUCUUCGCACCUUCGCCCGACCUCCCCUCGCUGUCCUCGUGGAGCACCGGCAGCUGUGGCUCCGGUCUGCCGCUGCUGCCGUUCACAACGACCACUACGACCAGCAGCCCCUACGCCCACCGCCACCGCCACUCGGUCGCCAUCGCCUCUCCCGCCCUGGUCCUCGGCGCCGCCAUCUGCCCCGACCACGACCACGACCACUUCGUAUUCCCCGACCGCCGGCGCCGCCCGUACUUCGCCGGUGGCGGCCCUCUUUCGCGAUGA